UCGCAAGUACCCAGCUGAUUGUUUGUCUGCGACGUAAUAUCUCUCCGACAGGGAUCUGUUUUCUACUGUGUCACAUUUAAUUUACCCUCGAUCUGGGGAAGCCCGUUUCCGCGAGCAAAGAAUUGGGAGUACCCGCAUUCUUGUUUCGGGUCCGUAGAAGGCCGUGUAUUCGGGGCGACUGACAGUAGUGGGGGUCGACGCGUAGGGCACUGUGUGGGUAAUCUCCUCCGCCAAAGAUAUAACUGGUUGGCCUCUUGAGAGCUGAAGAGGUGCGUUGACAAAGUCAAAAUGUCCCACCGCAUGGCAUCCAGAUCUAGGCUGCUUUUUGCAGCUUUUUGUGCGGGCGGUGUGCUCCUCGGGGCCGGGCCGCCUGCCGCGCGGCAGAGUGCCUUCACCGUCGCCAGCACGGUAGCUGGUGGAGAGACGGGAUAUACCAGCAGUUCGGAAGUCGAGUCUCCGGAAAAUGUGGGAGGUCAUGAGGGCGGCGACAGCUUUCAAAGUGCACCUAAUGGCGUCCCAGUUGAUGGUGUAGAGGAGGAUGGCCGUUCGACGUUGAUCUCGGCUAACCGCAGCAGAAGUACUCACGCCGUGUCGGCCGCGCGCAAGGGAUCCAGAAGCCGUCUUCUGCUUCCCGCAGCCCUCCUUUCUGCUUUGGCUUUGAGUGGAUUGAUUGGCUCCUCCAUGAUGAAAAAGACCGCCGAGGAAACAGACGAGACAAAAGUGGCCUCUCCUGCUACAGGCACACAGCAAAUUCAAAAGAAAGUGGCACAGCCAGAGGACGCGAAAGUCGCACAGCCGGACGACGAUCAAGUCGCACGAGACGCCUUGCGAGCCAGGCGGCGUCGCCAGCAGGCCGCAGUGUUGAUGGCAGCACUGGUAGCGGCUGCUGCCUACGGUAUGUACUCGUCCUUGUCAGGCUAUGAGGAUGCAGGCUCUCUCUCGUCGCCGGAGUCUGCAUCUCCAGAACUGGAUACGUUGAUCAUGCAGCAGGGAACGCAAUUCGCUGAACAGCUGGAGGCGUUGCACGAGAUGCCAGUGGGAGCGGCAAGUGAAGGCUCCGCUGAGCAAUCGUCACUCAGUCAUCUGCUCGCUGAAGUUGUGGACGCGCUUCAGCAACCUUCCCUGCAGAAUAUCUUGCUCGGGGGAGCGUCAGCUGCUGGCUUGGGGCUUCUGGGUGCUGCUGCUGCUCGACGGCGCAGAAGACAGGCACAGCCAGACACCCCAGCGCCACCCCCUGCUAGUGAGGAACAAGUGGAGAGUGCGGAGGAAGCCCCAGAAAAACUCGAUGAGGCUCUCGAGACACACCCCGAGGACACGCAAAAGGCGGCGCCUUUUGCACUACUUGGCGCACCCGAAGAACGAGAGUCGUCUCCCGAGACGCAUCCCGCGGCAUCCGAAGAAUCCGAGCAGGCUCCUAUGCCACUGCCCCCGGCCCCCGAAGAACUUGACCAGCCUCCUAUGCCACUGCCCCCGGCCCCCGAAGACUUUGACCAGGCUCCUAUGCCAGUGCCCGAAGCACCCGAAGAAUUUGACCAGGCUCCCAUGCCACUGCCGCAGGCACCCGAAGAACUCGAGCAGGCUCCCGCUUCACACCCCGAGGAGGCGGAGCAGGAGGUGCCUGAGAGAAAAACUGACGCAGGAAGUGAACCUGAGAAGGAUCCCGAAACAAACUUGUUAGAGGAAGAGGACGAGUUGAAGCCAUAAUCCGACCACCGGAUCAAUUCAGGCAGGCUUCCGAGACACAGCCG